AUGUCACCGCCCAAUCUCGAUGAACGCAUUCAAAUUGACACAAGCGAUGAUGACUCCCUCUUCGAAACCCAAACCAUCGCAAACUCAAACAUAUCCUUUGUAUCCUCCGUCCGAGACUACAGCUACGAAAAUGGCCGCCGCUAUCACGCCUACCGCAACGGCCAAUACCCAUUUCCAAACGACGAAGAAGAACAAGACCGCCUAGCACUAUUGCACCACCUCUUCAAACUGGUCACGGGCGGGGAUCUGCACCGUGCACCGAUACACGCAUCCACUCCACGCCGCAUCCUCGACAUUGGCACCGGCACCGGCGAAUGGGCCCUAGAAAUGGCCGAAGACUACCCGCAGGCGGAUAUCAUCGGCACCGAUCUCAGUCCCAUCCAGCCGAACUGGGCGCCGCCCAAUUGCCGCUUCUUUAUCGAUGACGCGGAGAGUGAUUGGGCUUUCUCGCCCGGUGAAGCAUUUGACUAUAUCCAUGCAAGAUCUAUGAACGGCGGUAUCGGGGAUUGGAAGAGGUUGCUUAAGCAGGUCUAUCAGCACCUUAAGCCUGGCGGCUGGUUUGAGGUGCAAGAUUUUGAGGUUGAUGUAUAUUCCGAUGAUGGGACCCAUGAGCGCGCUACUGCUGUUACUGGCUGGCUUGAAUUGUUGAGGCAGGCUGGUAAGAAGUUUGGGAAGCCGAUGGAUAUUUCGCCGAAGGUUGCGCGGUGGAUGGCUGAGCAGGGGUUUGCGAAUAUUACUGAUGAUAUUUAUAAGUGUCCUAUUGGUGGCUGGCCCAAGAACCGCCGCUACAAAGAAAUCGGCCGCGUCGGCAAGGUAGCUAUUUUGGAAGCUGUCGAGCCGUACACGCUGGCUCUCUUCACUCGAGUCCUGGGCUUCACUUAUCAGGAAGCACAGGAUUAUAUGGACAAGGUACGGAAGCAGUUGAUGAGCAACUCGCACCACUUUUAUACACGCUUCCACUUUGUCUAUGGGCAGCGGCCUUUCGACGACGAAACCACUGAUUCCGAGGCGUCUUGA